AAUCUCCAAGAUUAAGUAAUCUGUGGUUAUUGAGUCUCAAGAGUUUAAAGUUGGCAAUUUUCAAGAUGGCAGAAUCCACGUUUUUCGGGGCUUUUCGUAAAAUUUCAAUAUCUCAGCAACGAUACAACUUUACGAUUUCCCCCUUUUACCAAAAUUCCUUAAAAUAUUUGGUCUACAAGCGUUCCCACUCUGGAAAAGUUUUGAGAAAAUCGAUUGAAGAACAUCGGUCGUGACUUACGUGCAAUGGCUCUUCAACAUUUUUACCUUUUACGAAUAUGUAUCAUGAAUGGGAAUAUAAAGCACUCGAAUAAGUCUAUCUUUAAAUAUUUUCCAGUCGAUCGUAUAACACCGGCGACAACCGAUGCAGAUCGCGAUUACGUUCUGAAUAAAUGUGGAAUUAAUGAUAAAUGGCCAGUCAUAACUGAACCGUUUAUUCAAUGGGUUAUUGAAGAUAAUUUUUGUAAUAAUCGUCCGCCUUUAGAAAAUUUAUCGUCAUAUAAUGUAAUACUUACUGACAAUGUUGAAGCUUACGAAUGUAUGAAAAUGCGUUUAUUGAAUGCAAGUCAUUCAGCGAUGUGCUACUUAGGCUAUCUAAUGGGUUACCGUUAUAUUCAUGAAAUUAUUCUUGAUCAAGAUAUAAAAGAAUAUAUUGAAUAUUUGAUGAAUGAUGAAGUUACAUCGACAUUACCUCCUGUUCCUGGCAUCGAUUUAAAUUUAUAUAAAACUACAUUAAUUACACGUUUUUCAAAUUCAAAUAUAAAAGAUACUGCUAUGCGUGUGUGUAUGGAUGGCGCAUCAAAAUUUUCAAAAUAUUUAAAUCCAACAGUUGUUGAACAAUUAAAAUCAGACAAACCGAAAAUACAUUUUUCAUCAUUGGCUAUUGGUGCUUGGUUACGCUAUAUAACUGGGGUCGAUGAACAAAAUAGACCAAUAAUUAUAUCAGAUUCAUUAGCAGAUCAAUUAAAUUUGAAAGAAAUUGCAAAUAAAAUAAAACCGAAUGUUAAGCAUUUAUUAGCUGUCAAACAAGUGUUUGGUGAGCUGGGUACAAAUGAGAAAUUUGUUGAUUCUGUUCAACAGGUAGUCAAUUUAUUGUAUGAAAAUGGAUCGAAGGCAACCCUAAAACAAUGGUUAAAUAUGUACAAGUCAUAA